AUGGUUAACCAUCGCUCUCCGCGGGUCAUCCGUAGCGCGUCGACGCCCAGCACGUCGAGUUCGCCAUCCGAUGGGCCGUCUUCUUCGUUCUAUGACCGGAGUGUUUCAAUUGGCAGCGGCGAGUUCGCAUUUACGCAAAGCCCAGCAGAGCAGCUCGAGGAUCCAGGCACGCCGAGGCUCUUUCCCCGUGACUUGUCGGACUCUGCCGCGGGAGCGAACCAUACCCUAGAGACCUCCGAUUUCGCAGAUUUUCACGACGAGUCGUCGCGAGUCAUUCGACGCGCUUCAGGAGAUUCCGCCGUCGUGAGUAGCUCUAGAAACGGGGUGGAAGGUUCUGAUUUGGCUCGUGAUACGGCCCCGCUGGCGCUGCGGAAGCCAUCGGAGUGGGCGGAAUGGCACUGCUGGCGGCAUGGACGACAAAUGAAUGAUAUUCCGAAGCCCUCCGUUGAAGAAAUUCGCGAGGCUCUCAGCGCGACGCACAUUGAGGAAUCGCGCAAGUGCAUUCAGAAAUCCGCCGCCGACGCGUGGGCAGCACAGGAGGAGUUCAAGCGCGGCGUCGCAAGGGCCAUGGCAAGACAUGAAGCUGCUGCAAAUUUUAUGGGAGGAACCUUUCGGAGCGGUAGUAAUAGCAUGAUUGGGCGUCUGUUUGAGCACAUGAAGGGCAAAAAUUCCAACAAGGGUAUCAAGGCUUGA